AUGGCGAACCACCACGACGAGGAUCAUAGCUAUCACCCCAAAGAUGCUAUCUCUGCAGCAGUCAAGGCGACUGCGUUGACUGGUGGUGUUGGUCUCUUUGCCUCAGCAGUCCAGAACACUCUUACUAGACAAAAUGUCGGACCCUUGGGCGUCUUCCUCCGCAGUGGCGGUACUAUUAGUAUCUUCGCUGCGAUGGGUGGUACCUACGAGUUCGUCAAGACCGCCUCGGCCAACCUGCGCGAGAAAGAAGAUCCGCUGAACACCGCUCUGGGUGGAUUUUUCGCCGGUGCCCUCAUGGGAAUGAGAUCACGAACCUUCCCGGCUCUUUUGGGAUACGGUACCACACUAGCGGUCUCCAUGUAUGCCUUUGAUUACACCGGUGGAUCGUUGUUCGGAUACAAGAAGGACCACUCUGAGGAUGAAUUCGACCGCCGACAGAAAAUCCGCAAGAAUUAUCAAUCUCCCGCGGAGGAGACUUUCGCGCAGCUUGGCGAGGGACGUGGUAUCUACGCACCUGGCUAUGAGGAGCGUCGCAGAGCUCGAAUCCAAGAGUCUUACGGAAUUUCGGUUCCUCCGUCCCCUAUCCCCGCAUCAUAA